UCUUGAACGAGCUAUAAGUACGUCAAGGCGCCUUCGUGUUGAAGUCAAGUGGAGAACAUUUUAUUAUUUGUGCUUUAGCAGCAGCAUGUAGCUCGAGCCCGAUGGUCGAUUCGAUACUGAAAUUUCGCGGUAUGUACUAAGAAGCAUGCAGCCGAACCGCGCGGCCGGAUUUCGUCUCAGCGAGUCUCCGUAUACUCCGAACCUUUGGAGUGGUCCUUUCAGCUUGCCGCAAGCUACCUACCAAGAUGUCCCACCCCUACCACAGACCCGAGUACCACCGUCUCUGGAGCCAUCUCGAACGGCAGCCUAUGUGCACCAGGGCUCUGCAUUCGGUGCACCUUCAGGCACACCAAUCACGUCACCAGCGAUGCAGUUUGUCCCAUUCGAAGAGCCGUUGGAGCAGAUUUUACCUUUAAACAUUCCUACAUCAGCUUCUAGUUUUUCCGAUCUAACGUGCAUCUCAGCCGCUGAUGGCCCACUUGCCAAUGGGUUGGUGCAAUCUACGUCGAUGGUUUCCGUCGAACAGAGAAAUCAUGAAAUGGCUCCGAGUACCGGAAUGGCAGAGGAGGUGGUGGUAAAAAAUGGUCAGGUUUACCACAUACGUUUCAUCGAUGAACUAGCCGAUGUGCCAACUUCCACUUCAACGGUGCCGCUUGCCAGUAGUUCGUUGCUGCCAUCAUCCUCCGACUGUUGGCAAGAGCCUUCAGUGAGCGACGAUCAGUUUCCGCGAAACUGGGAGAACAUUCCCAACGGUGAGCCGCCAUCGUUGUCGCGCGAUUGGAUCAAUUACGAUGAGCUACCCUUGCUGACGGGUUCGAAACCGGCGCAGCCCGCAGCGUCAAGUGCAACCAGCUUGGGCAAGAAAUCGGACUCUCCCGCUGCCGCUGUGCCAUACGAUUGCGAGCUGUGCCGUAUUUUGCUUAUCUCAGCAGAAUCGGUCGAGCAACACAAAAGCGCCUGCAGCAAAUCGCUACCGGUGCCUGAAUCGCGUCGGCAAUCGUUUAAUCGAAGAGUAGCCCCUCAAUCGGCCAGCGUCGAUGUUUGUAGUGAUUUUAGCAACUACUGUGUGGAGUGUGCCGAAUUUUUUUCUUCGGCCGAUCGAUUGGACGAACAUAUGGAAGCAAAGCAUCGAUUGAUUGGUGAUUCGUGCCAUGGGCCGGUGAUGUGUGGUCACGAAACCUACGCCAACGUAGUAAGUCGUCGUUUGUAUGAUAGCGAUGCAAGGGAUAGGCAAAAGAAACUGUUGGAAUUUUGUUGAGCGUGAACUAUUGAGAAUAUUGUAUAUUUUUUUUUAAUGUAAUGUAAAUACUCUGAUGAACACGAAGAAGCUCAUUUCUCAUGCGGCAUUGUACGGAGCAGUCAUGAAGCAAUCGAUAGAUGACCAAUAAAUAGGUUUUAU